CUUCCCCAAUUCGCCAGACUGACAAGGGUCCAAAUCCUCUCGUGCAGAAUCUAAUUGCAAGCCUCGCACCCUGGUACACUAUGAUUGGUCGCAUCACAGCUCCUCUGGCCUCAUCCAUGCGGGUCUGCGUUCAUCGAGAUCUUGGGUGCCACAUGAUGGAAAGCUUUCGAGUCGCGCAGCCAACCGCCUGCGUUGACCUGAUGGAUCUCGCGCUCAAGACAUCGAGAGCGAAGGCUAGGCUCUAGUGCGCUGGGGAACAUGCGGCUUAAAAUCGCUGCCAGUCGUAUAACUGGACUCCAAUCUCAGUAUUGCGCUAUCUCAGAUUUCCAUCUCCGUCUCCAUCGACAAACACAACGCAGCCCACGACUCACACUCAUGACGAAAUGGACGGCAAACACGAUACAUUCCACAUCUCGCGCCUUGAGGCCUCGUUCGGACACACAAAAGUGAAACCACGCCGCAACUCCGUUGAAAUGAAAGAUGUCUUCCGCCAUGCCAAAGCCGACGACCUGAACGUGAACGACCUCGACUUUGACUUCUCGCUCGAUCGCGAUAGCUACCCGCUUGAUACGCUAGAGUCGCUGCAGGAUGUCUUCUCUGCUGCGCAGCAUCAUACACAUUUUGCGAAUGCGAGGAACUUUUCGGACGAGACGCAGAUUCGGUGUUUUGAUUCGGAUGGGAGGACGUCGAAGUGGCUUAGGCUUGACACGGAACUGCUGUCGGGUCUUCUGAGGAAAGUUUCUAACCCUCAAAGCACUUCGCCUGCAUCGACUGAUACGAUGCCGCGGCGGCUGCUCGCAUUCUUCGUUCCUCUCAUACCGGCUAAGAACACAUCAUACGGGAGUCGAAUAACAAUGACCCAAGACAGCACCAGAGAACUGUUUAGAUCCCUUAGCGUCAACCCGCUAUACAUUAUGAACUUGAUAGGGCGGCCAGACUACUGGGCACCACAGACACGGUGGGAAUCGGACAGCAAUGGGGAUUUUCAGGCAUGCGACUUCUUCUGCCAGCACCCCCGCUGGAACCUACACGUCCAAGGCGCCCCCUUAUCAGUCUACAUGCGCUACAGCGCUGCCCUAAACCUCACCACAUACAUAAUCUCGCACAAAGAAGGCGACUCAAGCAUCCGCGUCCUAUCCUCCAUCCUCGACACAACCAUCGAAACUGCCCGCCCACCCCAGCGAACAAAUAUCUUCCUCCGAGACCCCUUCGAUAUCGCUGUCAUCCUUUCCACACUCUCCUUCGAAGCCUCCAAGUUCCACGCCGCUCGCUUCCGCCGCUUCAUGUGGGAGCAGAUCAAUAAAGUCGACGACCACCUCGCCGGCCUAUCAGACAGCGAUCGACGGAAUCUCAGCAAUCUCACGAAACAACUCCAGAUCAUCUCGCAGAACGCAGACUCCCACCUCGGUAACGCCGACGUCGCGAUAAUCACCGCGUCCGCGAUCCGCACAGUACACGGGCAUCUCCAUAAAGCUAUCGGGAGUCCAAUCCAGAUACACGAGCGCGCAGCCGACUCGAUAAACUACGUAAUCGAGUCCGUGCAGAAGCAGAAGAUCUGGUUCCUGAACUACAAGGCCCGAAAGGAUAGCACAAUGGCGCUGGUGUAUAAUCUCGUCACCCAGCAGGAUGCGGCGAGUAAUAUCCAGAUUGCAGCGAGUAUGAAGAGGGAUAGUACCAGUAUGAAUGCGAUUGCGGCGCUUACGAUGGUGUUUUUGCCAGGGACCUUUACGGCGACCCUCCUCGACACAGGAAUCUUCUUCGCAAGGGAAAACAGUCUCCGCAUCCACGUCUCGGGCCUUUGGUGGCUAUGGAUUGUUCUCACAGUUCCCCUCACACUAAUCGUGAUUGUGUGCUGGUGGAUAUACAAGAAACGAAAGGGCACGGCGCGAAUUGGUCCGAACGUCAACGCCAAUGAUGAUAAAGGUGAAAACAAGGCUGGCCAGGAGGAUAUUGUCCCUCCCACGCCAAAGAGGCCUUCGUUUCGACUGGCGAAUUUUCGGACAUGGAGCCGGAAUGAUAGUAUUGCGGUUAGAGUAUAG